CCUCCUUCUCCUCCUCCUCCUCCUCCCUCUACCUCCACUCCGUCCUCCGGUCGCGCUGCGCAGAGCCACUGACGGUCCUUCAGCUCCGUGCAGCCCGCUGCGAAGAUGGUUGGCGGCUUGUGUGCUCGCAGGUGCUCGCGGUCCGCCCUUAUAGCAGCCCUCACGGUGCUGCUAGUGCAGACGCUGAUAGUGUGGAACUUCAGCAGCCUCGAUUCCGGCGAAGACAGGGAAAACGGAGGCUCCAGCGUGCGGGGGAAGAGAGACCGGGUCGCGGGCAACAAAGCCGCUGGCAGCGACUAUUUUCAGCACGGGGUCCAGCAGCAGCACCUUCCUCCGCCUGGGAGGGGGACGUCUCGCCACAUACAGCAGCCGGAUGGAUAUUACUCCCACCGGCCGAAGGAGAAAAGUAGAGUGGACAGCAACAAUGAGAACUCGGUUCCCAAAGACUUUGAGAACAUAGACAAUAGUAACUUUGGUGCACGCUCACAGCCAAACCGGCAGUCUGUUGGGGCCACCAGCAGUAAGCAGCAGCGAGAGCAUCCACAGGAGAAGGGCCAUGCCCAGCAGCAGGCCUGGCGGGACAACUCUCCCAGUCUAGGCCGCAGCUCAAAUGAAGUAUUGCCUGUAGGCCACCAGCCACUGGCAGUCGGCAACAACGCUUCCUACCCAGGUGGUCAGGGUGCUGUGGGAGUGCGGCGGCAGCACUACCAUCAAUCACAGGCCCAGCAGGCCCAGUCACAGCACAGACAUCAGCACCCUCACAGGAGGCAGGCGACUGCAGCACCACUGGAGGUUACCUACGACCAGCCACCCAAGUGUGAGAUCAGUGGGAAGGAAGCCAUUUCAGCUCUCUCCAGAGCCAAGAGCAAGGAGUGUCGACAACAGAUCGCUGAGGUGUACUGCCGACAUAAAGAAGGGCAGUUAAUGCCAGAGAAGGUUACUCGCUACUGCCCCCUUGAGGGUAAAGCCAAUGUCAACGUCCAGUGGGAUGAGGACUCCACUGAGAGCUUGCCAUUAAAACCAGUGCGAAUAGCAUUUGUCCUGGUGGUCCAUGGACGAGCCUCUCGCCAGUUUCAACGCCUCUUCAAAGCCAUCUAUCACACCUCGCACUACUACUACAUACAUGUCGAUCAGCGCUCUAACUACCUGCACAGGCAGGUGCAUGCUUUGGCUGCCCAGUAUCCCAAUAAUGUCAGGGUGACACCCUGGCGCAUGGCCACCAUCUGGGGCGGUGCCAGCCUGCUGACCAUGUAUCUUCGCAGCAUGGCUGACCUGCUGGCCAUGAGGGACUGGAGCUGGGAUUUCUUCAUCAACCUCAGUGCUGCUGAUUAUCCAAUCAGGACCAAUAACCAGCUGGUGGCCUUCCUGUCCAAAUACAGAGACAUGAACUUCAUCAAGUCCCAUGGCAGGGACAACGCCAGGUUUAUUCGUAAGCAGGGUCUAGAUCGUCUGUUCUACGAGUGCGACACCCACAUGUGGAGGCUGGGUGACCGUAAAAUCCCAGAGGGCAUCAGUGUGGACGGCGGAUCUGACUGGUUCCUCCUCAACCGUAUGUUCGUGGAAUAUGUCAUCAACUCCAAGGACGACCUGGUCACCAACAUGAAGCGCUUCUACGCCUACACUCUGCUGCCUGCCGAGUCAUUUUUCCACACGGUUUUGGAAAACAGCGCCUACUGUGAGAGCAUGGUGGAUAACAACCUGCGCAUCACUAACUGGAACCGUAAACUGGGCUGUAAGUGCCAGUACAAGCAUAUUGUUGACUGGUGUGGCUGUUCCCCUAAUGACUUCAAGCCUGCAGACUUCCACCGCUUCCAGCAAACUGUACGGCCCACAUUCUUUGCCAGAAAGUUUGAAGCCAGCGUGAACCAGGAGAUAGUGAACCAGCUGGACACCUACCUGUUUGGACAGCUUGCCCAAGGGACGCCGGGGCUAAGCUCCUACUGGGAGAAUGUAUAUGAUGAACCAGAUGGUGUGGCCAGCCUUUCUGACACGCAGCUCACAUACUACCACUCUUUCUCACGACUGGGCCUGGCCAGGGCUGCCACCUCGCUGCAGGGAAAUCCAAAGGAUCACAGCUGCAGGUACUUCCCCAUGGGCCAGCCAGUGUCAGUGCAUCUCUACUUCCAGUCAGACCAGUUUCAGGGCUACCUGGUCAAGCACCAUGCCACUAACCUGGCAACAAGCAAGCUGGAGACCAUGGAGACCCAGCUGGUUGCAGUAGGCAGAGCACCACAUGGAAAAAACAUGGCUCUUCAGCAUUAUCAGAUCGGUACAGAGUGGGAUGCCAAAGAGCGUAUGUUCAGAAACUUUGGUGGCCUGAUGGGGCCCAUGGAUGAGACUGUGGGCAUGCAGAAGUGGAGCAAAGGGCCUAAUGUGACCGUCACAGUCGUGUGGAUCGACCCCACCAACGUCAUCGCAGCAACCUAUGACAUUCUAAUCGACGCCAGUGCCGAAUUCACCCACUAUCACCCACCACUCAACCAGCCUCUGCGACCCGGAGUAUGGAGCGUCCGCAUCCUGCACCACUGGAGUCCUGUGGCUGAGUUGAAGUUUGUCAUUGCCCCGUCGGCCUAUAACAAGCACCAGCCCAUACGGCAAGAGGACGCUCUGAAAUUCCACAAUGGCCCAGCAAAAAACAGCUACAUGGAGCAGAGUUUCCACAGCCUCAACCCAGUGCUCAACAUCCCUAUCGACCUGGACUUUGUGGAGCAGGUCAAAAGGAAUGCUGCCCUGACCGGCCUGGAGCUCGAGCACUGGGUGGACAGCCUGGUGGGAGAGCUGUGGGAGGCGGCUGAUGUCUGUGCUGUGGGUCCUACCGCCUGCCCUGUCAUGCAGGCCUGCCUCAAGAACCCUUGGAGCUCCCUAAGCCCAGACCCCAAAUCCCAGCUGGGAGCACCACGCGCAGAUGGGCGCAUCAGGUAGCGGCGAGGCCUCCAGCUGGACAGGAGGCCACGGCACAGGAGACUCAGUGUUGAUUUUUAUUUAUUUAGGGAGAUUGAUGUAGGCAGGGGAAGUAAUAGUGGUCUUCCUCUAUCUGGGGAGAAGAAGGAAAAACAGACGAAAAAGUGGAUAUUUUUGGGAGGUUGGUGACGGCAUCUGGACAGGAAUCAAGGAGAAUGAUUUUCAGAUCCUCCCAGGGGUUUCUCCUUUCAGGAGAUUAUGCUGGCUUUGCUAUUUCAGUUUCUCAGUGUAUUUAUUUUUUUCUUCUCAUGGCUGAAUUUUACUGUGAUCAAAUGUUGCAAUUUUCAAGCAUUUAUUUUGCUGCUAAAUGAUUUAUGAGGUCAGCUUUUAAAGCCCUGCACGUGUGAGUGUUGAUUAUUGACACUGGUAGCAGACGAAGUUCUGCUGCAAUACUGUCUUAGCUGUCAGACAUACGUGAGGGGGCAGCCUGGUACUGAAUUAAACAUGCCUCCUUAAGGUUAAUGUCAGCAUUAACAACACAAGAUUAUAUCUUGAGUGCUCAAAUGCAACCAAACAUUCGAAAAGGAUUAUUUUGAUGUGAUUCAAAGGCAUCAUUAAAAGUAAAUUUCACCUUUAAAGAGGAAACUUGAAUAACAAAUAUUUUAGUAGUAUUAAAGCUAGUUACAUCAGACCUCUGGUUUCUGGUAGUCCGGUGAUUCAGUUUGUAAAUCAGCAAGGGCAGCACAACUUCUCUCAGUUCAGUGCCUGAUCAGGAUGUGGAGCUGUUGUGGCUGGGUUCAUUAUCUGCUACAGUCACAUUUCUUAAUGAUGGAGAAGAGAACCAUGCAAAUACAGAGGCCUUCUCAGAAUAAUUACAACUAUUUGGAUUACAAUAGAAACUUAAUGACAUCAGUGUUGAUGUUCUAAACUCAUAAAUGCUUCAUUUGUGGUUGUUGUACAAUAGUAUUUUCGGACUUAGCAUUCACACAGCCUAGUCUUCUUGAAUAAAAGCCAGUUGUUGUGAUAGGCAGAGGAAAAAGAAUUCAUUUCUCCGCUCUUUGGUUUUCUUACCAAACUGCCUUAAAUUUGACUUUAAAAUUCACAUCCUUGUUUUUACUUUCUUCCAGUCAUUUCAGUAGAACUUUAUCUUGUACAUAAUCAUACAAGAAUUCUCAAAAGUUGUGUGAAUGACGGGGGGCGGGGGGGGUGUCCAUGAGUCGCUAUUUAUUUAUAAGUUUAUAUUAAUACUGAUAUUUUUAGUCAAUGACUAAAUAGCUGCGACGCUGCUUUGGCAGCAUGAUAAAUAUUUUUUUGUAAAGAAAGCUGCCUUUAUUUACAAAGGCCAACACCCCAAACCUAUAGUGUAUGUUUUUAUGGCCCACACCUGUGUUGGCCAGUGUUGUCCUGUCUGACUGGAUCCUCUUGUCUUGGUGUUUUUUACACGGCUGUUUGCCAAGUGCGUCACAAAAGAGAGCCACUCUGACCUGAGGUCAAAGGUCAGCUACCUAACAACCUCACCAAAUGCAGGAGAUGAACAAAACCACUCAUCACAACGAACACAUUGGACAACAUCUGAAUCAAAGAAACUUUGAUUUUCUUUGUUUUGCUUUAUACUUCCUGUCAGUUUCAGAAUGAUAGUGAGUGGUAGUGAUCUUCAUGCUGUGACAGUAAUGUACAAUUUCAAGUGAAUACUAUAUUGUGUCUUUAUUGAGAAAUGCAUAAUGUAUUAGAUUGGGUCUAAAGCACCUUUUCAACUCUGUGUAUGUUUGAAGCCCCUUUUCUGCCAUCAGACAAUACUGGACAUCUGAGACGAGUGGAUUCCAUUGAGGGUUGCACUGUACCACGACACAUCCUGAACAAGAGGUAUGAAAUAAGUUCCAGUCUGUGAUUGUCAACAUUAUUUAGCCAUCACAUGAGCCACACGAAAGUUUUUGCACACGCAAGUUAAGAAAUAUUACUGUUCAUUAACAUCAAGUUCACCUUACCUCUCUGUCGGAUGUGUCUAUUAUAACUGCUAUCACUCCCUCUCUCUCAAAUCUACGCUGUUCCUGGGGUCGGGUUGUAAAGGACAAUUUUAUUUUCCACUGGUUGGCUUCUGCUGCCAUCUUUUAACUUAUUGUGCCACCAUGCUCUGAACAAUUGCAGUACAUCAUGCAAUACAUAUUAUCAUGUAAGCUCAAUGACAGUUUUGGGAAAAGGGUAAAUUAAAUAAAUGUAACUCAUUGUGAAAGUCCUAUUUUGUAACAAAAUGAUUAACAAAUGAAUAAGAUGUACAUAUUUUGUAUUGAAAUAUUGUUUAAAAGGUACAUGUACAUGUAAAUACAGAUGUGGUAAAAUGAGAUUGAAUUACCAAGAGUUUUUGAAGUGUCAUUAACUGAGCGCAAAGAGUGACUCGAUGGUGUUUAUUGAUCAGAGUACAUAACCUGUUUCUGUGUUUUGGACAGCUGUGACAACGACUUUGUUCAAUUUGCCUCUCAGAGAAAAAUCACACGCCAGAUUGUUGUUGUUCUUGCUGGAAUGUAUUGUUGAGCAACUGUUGCACAAAUUUCUCUGACUGAUGUUUCCCCCAGUUAUUUUUUAUGGGGAGGCUCUGUGUGCCUUAGCUGACUUUUAGAAACUUCUGCCCAUUAAAGGAGAAUCUUUAUUUUGUUAUUUGUUUUGACAUUAUGUGAAGAAUACCAUGAGUGUGUCACGUGAUUCACUGGUACUGCAACACCAAAAAGAUGUCUGCUGUUGUAUAUAUCAUCAGGCCUUCUGUCUUUAUUAGCUUUUGAUUUUUUAUUUCUUGUUUGUUUCUUCCCUUUGGGGGAAUUUGUUUUGUUGUACUUGACUGGCUUGUUUUACUUUUC